AAUCAUCAAAAAGCCGGUCCAAGAAGGCGGAGCUUAUGGUGAUUUGCCGCUGUGCUUUUCUUCAAGAUGGCGGCGCUGCCACUUAGGUUGUAUGGCAACACCUCGAGAAUCAAAUAGUUUAGAAGGUGAUUAAGUUACUUGGAGGAGAGGCGCGUGUCCUGUUUAUCACUCCCAGAUGGUCGCGGUGGAGAAUGAUCAGUGCCUCUGUUCCAUAAGCUGAAUGCAUUGUGAUUUCCAGUAAUUGAGACAGUGAUUUUGAAAGCUGUCUACAUUAAUGAAAAGAGCAAUGUAGUCAGCUUAGCAUAUUCACCUCUGGUACGUGGUCUAUACGCAGGGAUGAGCUUCUGCGUCAGUGCAUGCAUCUUCAGCUGAGAUAAGGAGAGAAUCUGAAAUUUUAGCGCAGUUUCCAGUUAUUUAGACUAAAUGGAUUUCGAUGAUUUUCUACCCCCUCUUCCUUUGGAACCACCUGAUGAAUUUGAUCUAGACCAGGGCAGAGCACCUCCACCACCUCCCCUGCAAACGUCCAGUGACGCAGAGGUAAUGGACGUUAGCUCUGGUGGUGAUGGAUACACAUCCACCCCAGGGGACGGGGAAACCAACGCACAGCAGCCCAUCAGCAAGGGCUCCCUAAGUUUCUGUAGCCGCCUUUCAGAUGAGGUCACUUCCAACCCACUGUGCCCAAGAACAGCCCGCCAUGCUCCCCAGGUCGCCAGGUUUCUGCCAGACCUUAAGCAGCUCAGAGAUGUUAAGAUCCGCGUGAGCUUCACUGAGACCAGCAGCGUUAGUAACAGUAGCAAAGACAGGAAGGUGUUGUACACAGGUGAGGGGCAGGAGGUCAGAAGUGAGGAAGGCUUAGCCAGUUUUAAUGGGGGAUUGCAUGAAGUAAUAAGUAUGCAAGAAGUAGCUGGAGGUAGCUGUGGAGCUGCAAACCCAACAGGUAGAACAUCCAAUGAGAUGGAGGUAGACCUGGAAAACAAGGUUGAGUUUGCUGUCCUGGAUGAGUUGGAAGACUUUUACGAGAACCUCUUGGAUCAGGAUGAUGAGCACAGCGGCUUUAAGUCUGACACCAUAGUUCAGCGGGCACAAGCGGAUGAAGAGGCUGCAGCUUACUCCUAUGAGGGAGGAUUUGACAAUGAUGUUGACGCUCUGCUGGAGGAGGGCAUGCCCGUCCCAAAGAAGAUGCGCCUCACGGACGAUAAGUAUGCUGGAGACAGUGAUCAUCAGUCAGAUGGAGAAGGAGGUGUACAGCCCAUGAUGACCAAAAUUAAGACUGUCCUGAAGAGUCGGGGCCGUCCACCCACUGAGCCUCUACCUGAUGGAUGGAUCAUGACAUUCCAUAACUCAGGCAUUCCAGUUUACCUGCACAGAGAGACCAGGGUGGUCACCUGGUCCAGGCCCUACUUCCUCGGAACCGGCAGUAUUCGGAAACACGACCCUCCCGUCAGCAGCAUCCCUUGUCUGCAUUAUAAAAGAAUGAGGGAACAUGAGGAAAGGGAGUUGAAUGGGGAGGUUGCAUCUAAUGCAGAGGAGUCUCCGGUGAAGUCCGGUGAGGAGGUUGAUGCUGAAGAAACGGCUGGAACGUCAGUGGAAGAGCAGGAUGUUCUCCCUUCAUCCAGCAUCACUGGCAGCUGCCAGGAUGAAGAGCCUGCAGCUGAUAACCUGCAGAGUAAAGAGUCGCAGUCCUGCGACAUUGCUCAAGGAGCGUUGGGGCAGGUCAAGGCCAAGGUGGAGGUGUGCAAGGAUGAGUCCAUAGAACUUGAAGAGUUUCGUCUGUACCUGGAAAAAUGCUUCGACUUUGAACAAGUUACUGUUAAGAAGUUUCGCACAUGGGCUGAGCGACGACAGUUCAACAGAGACAUGAAAAGGAAGCAGGCCGAGUCAGAGCGGCCCAUUCUGCCUGCCAACCAGAAACUCAUCACACUGUCGGUCCAAGACGCGCCUACUAAGAAAGAGUUUGUCAUUAAUCCUAAUGGGAAGUCAGAAGUUUGCAUCCUACAUGAAUAUAUGCAGCGCGUGCUGAAGGUCCGACCUGUUUACAACUUUUUUGAUUGUGAGAACUCAAGCGAACCCUUUGGAGCUUCAGUUAUUAUAGACGGAGUCACUUACGGCACAGGAACUGCGAGCAGUAAGAAACUUGCCAAGAACAAAGCUGCUCGAGCCACACUGGAAAUCCUCAUCCCUGACUUUGUGAAGCAGACCUCGGAGGAGAAACCUGCCGAAGGUGACGAGCUGGAGUAUUUUAAUCAUAUCAGUAUAGAAGACUCUAGAGUGUAUGAGCUGACCAACAAAGCAGGACUUCUUUCGCCAUAUCAGAUUCUUCAUGAGUGCCUUAAAAGAAACCAUGGGAUGGGAGACACUAGCAUUAAAUUUGAGGUGAUCCCAGGAAAAAACCAGAAGAGUGAAUAUGUUAUGACGUGUGGGAAACAUACUGUUCGAGGCUGGUGUAAGAACAAAAGGGUUGGCAAACAGCUAGCCUCUCAAAAGAUCUUGCAGAUGCUGCACCCUCAUGUUAAGAACUGGGGCUCAUUGCUACGAAUGUACGGCAGAGAAAGCAACAAGAUGGUCAAGAAGGAGAGCUCCGACAAGAGUGUGAUUGAGCUUCAGCAGUAUGCCAAAAAGAACAAGCCAAACCUUCACAUCUUGAACAAACUGCAAGAGGAGAUGCAAAAGCUGGCAGCUCAGAGGGAGGAGACGAGAAAGAAACCCAAGAUGACCAUAAUGGAGUCUGCCCAGCCGGGGAGUGAGCCUCUCUGCACUGUUGAUGUUUAAUUCUCAUAAAUCACUGAUGAACCACCGCACUGAAAGCCGGUCACUGUCAAAGGUCACCCCCACGACGAAAGUAUGCAUCUCUGAGACAAAAGGACGGUGUAGUCCCACGUUUGACCAGCUGGCUUCCCUCACACACACACCCUCUCGUGACUGAGCAGAUUGUUAUAAUGGUAGGACUAAAUGCACUUACAGACCCCCGACUAAAUACCUCUCUAGUUGCAGCUUUCUACGGCACUGAAACUUUAUUGAUUAAAAUAUGAACCACAUCAGAUUACAGCAUGCAUACGUGUUUAAUCCAUAAAAACCUCUGUGCUAAUUGGUUUCUCGGUCAGUGUUUUCUAGUCACAAUCUCAUGGUUUCAGUGCUUGAAGUGUUUGAAAGGGACUACUAUUUGUACUUUUACCAUUCAAAUGAUUGGAAAUAAAACUUUCUGGUUUAUUUAGUGUUUUAAUCGUAGUUUCUGGAUAUUUUGGGUGAGGAAUGCAAUUGUUCCGUUUUAUCAAUGAGAAGUUGUCGUCUUGCUUUGCAUGACAAGAACAUGCGUUGUGAAGUGAUCACUGUUCAGAACUAUUGGUGUGUGUGCGUGUGUGUGUGUGAUGUUCUUGUUGUUGGUCUGACUGCUUCUGAGACUUGGGUGGACGCUUUGUUUUGCUUUGGUUCUUCACCCCAUCCUGGCUCUGCUGUAAACCCAGUCCAGAGCCCGAGUCCUUUACUCCUACCCUACUGCCAUGCACCGGUUGCUUUAGACAUUUCAUUUCUGAUGCCCUUCUUUUAAAAAGGUAAAUGAAGUUGGCUACAUGUUGCCUUAGUUGAACCAUUUCAUGAAGGGCUCAAGUGCUAAAUGUUACAUCGGACCUAGAAUAACCUUCAGCAGGAAGUGGGAGACCAAGGCCCAUUCACAUGAUGAAGCAUUUAACAGUCAGGUAAAUAUAUUUAAGGCCUGUUCAGUGUCACGAGUAGAGUAGUAAGCAGCAUGUGCAGAAUUUUACGAGUCGUCUAUGGAUCGUGGUUUCUUGUGUUUGCCAUCAUUCUUGCUGUAUAACCACAGGAGAACAUUUCAAAAGGCAGCCUUGUAAAAGCUGAAGAAACUGUGUAUACCAAAGCUUACAUGCAGUCUUAUGCAUUGUGUAGACUCCUUAGUGUUGCUGUAGUUGAACAGAUCUGAACGCUCCAUUUGCUGCAGCAAAGGACAGCUGAGCUUUUCUACAGCGUCGGUUUCAGCUCAUCUGAUGCUUUGAGAAUGUGCUUUUCCUUCUGUACACAUCCUGUCAACUCUGUGCUGGUGUGAAGAGAAAUAAAAUCUUGGUUUUAUGUUGUAACAAUAAAAUGUUGCUUUUAGAAGCUGAUGUAUUGCAACCUGACUUCUACCAUUUGAGCGACAUUUGAUAUGCAAAAUAAAAUGACUAAUGACUUCA